GCUAGGGCUGUUACCGAAAACGUUCUCUCCAUACCAGCGAUACAACGGUGCAAAACUGUGUGCUGCUACCUCAGCAUGCCGUCGGGUGAAGUCCACACCACUGCAUUGGCAGAAGGCGUCCUCCGGGCGGGAAAGGCCCUGUUCGUGCCCAAGAUAAGCACCAAUGAUGGCAGCAUGAAUUUCGUGCGACUUUAUGACUCCGACGAUUUAAAGGCGCUGCGUCUGGGUUUGUGGGACAUUCCUGAUCCGACCACCGAAUGGCAAGGGCAGAGAAGAGAGCACAGGUGUCCGAAUCUCGAUGUCAUCCUGGUGCCAGGCGUCGCAUUUGAUCGCUCGUUCUCUCGCUUGGGACACGGGAAGGGCUACUACGAUCGGUUCAUCAGUGCCUACACCCAGACGGGUCGGCAACGCCCCCUCCUCAUUGCGUUAGCGUUCCAGCAGCAGCUUCUUGAGAGUGGACAUGUGCCCGUCGUAGAACAUGACUGGAAGAUGGAUUUCAUCGUCACACCAGAAGAGAUCCUCGCCUCUGGUUCCAGCUAA